AUGUACAUAAACUCGCCAGGAGGCUCGGUGACGUCAGGAAUGGCCAUCUACGAUACCAUGACAUAUAUCAAAUCUCCUGUGUCGACCGUUUGUGUGGGCGGCGCUGCCUCGAUGGCGGCGAUUCUCCUGGCUGGUGGAGAGGCAGGAAAACGAUUCGCAUUACCACACAGCUCGAUUAUGAUUCAUCAGCCGCUGGGCGGAACUAGAGGUCAAGCAUCGGAUAUUUUGAUAUACGCAAACCAAAUCCAGCGCAUUCGAGAACAGUCAAACAAGAUCAUGCAAUACCAUUUGAAUAAGGCCAAGGGUACCGACAAGUACUCGCUGGAGGAGGUCAAUGACAUGAUGGAGAGGGACAAAUAUCUAAGCGUGGACGAAGCUCUAGAACUUGGAGUCAUUGAUGAGAUUUUGACCAAAAGAACGGACAAGAAAGAGGGACAAGAAAAGAAGACAGAUGGUUGA